ACCGCCGAAUACUGUGCAAGAAAGAUCGGCUGCAGAAGAGCAGAGGCGCGGAUUCUUCGUCGAGACUAAUGGAGUCGGCGGCGUCGGAGCAAGACAAGAGUGGAAACUCGCUUCUAGUGCCAUGGAUGAGAAAGCCAGUGGAUGUUAGUGAUUAUGAGCCACGUCCUCUCAAUUGUGUUCCCCGCCUCGAUCCCAGGAUGCAAGCAGCUUUGCAGAAUAUGGGCAUCACUUCAUUAUUUCCUGUGCAACUGUCAGUCUGGACAGAGAUAAUUGGGCCGGGUUGUUGCGACAGAGAUCUUUGUAUAAGCUCACCUACAGGCAGUGGAAAGACACUUGCAUAUGCUUUGCCAAUUGUGCAUAUGCUUUCCAAAUACAGAAUUACAGCCCUUCGAGCUCUGGUUGUCUUGCCCACUCGUGAUUUGGCAGUACAGGUGAAGGAAGUUUUUGAUUCUGUGGCUCCUGCAAUGGGCUUGUCAGUGGGUUUGGCAGUUGGUCAGUCUUCUAUUUCAGAUGAAAUCUCAAAGCUAGUGAAGAAACCUAAGUUGGAUUUUGGCAUCUGUUCUGAUAAUUGGUAUUCUCCUCCUGAGCUACGAAGCAGAGUUGACAUUCUUGUUGCAACGCCAGGAAGGCUGAUGGAUCAUAUCAAUAAUACAGAGGGUUUUACGCUGGAGCAUCUUCAUUAUCUUGUUGUUGAUGAGACAGAUAGGUUACUUAGGGAUGAUUAUCACUCCUGGUUGCCUAAUGUUCUCAAGUCAGCGUAUUCUUGCAGACAGAGUCAGUUUCCCUUAGCCGAUGGCAUUGCUCCUCCCAUAUAUGGUUCCCUGAAAACCAUCAGGAGUUGUGGCGUUGAAGGGGGAUUUUUGGGUAAGCCUCACCCAAGACUUGUGAAAUUGGUUCUAUCAGCCACAUUAACACAGGAUCCGAGCAAGCUAGCAGUCCUUGAUCUGCACCAUCCUUUGCUUUUAGCAGUGGGAAUGAAUCGUUACCAGCUCCCUGAUGAGCUCAAGUCCUGUAAAGUGAUUUGUGAAUCAAAGCUUAAACCACUUUAUCUUCUUGCACUUUUAAAAAGUUUACAAGGAGAGAAGUGUAUUGUUUUCACAAAAUCCGUAGAGUCAACACACAGGCUAUGCACGUUAUUGAAUUUAUUUGAUGAUCUUCCCAUCAAGACUGAAGAGUACUCUAGCCGUCAACUUCGACACAUAAGAAGCAACAAAUUGAAGGGAUUUCGGGAAGGAUUAUCACAAGUUCUUAUUUCCUCUGAUGCAAUGGCUCGUGGAAUGGAUGUCGAAGGUGUAAAGAAUGUAAUCAACUACGAUAUGCCCAACCGUAUCAAAACAUAUAUUCAUCGGGCUGGUCGAACGGCAAGGGCAGGCCAAAAUGGGUGUUGCUUCACAUUUCUGAACAAAGACCAGGUUAAGCAAUUCAAAAUGCUGUUACAAAAGGCCGGUUGUGAAUCUUGUCCAAAUUAUCCUGUCCCACUUGAGUUGGUGGAGUCAUUACGUUCGACCUAUGAUACAGCUUUGCAAAGAUUAAAAGAAAGUGUUGAAUCUGAAAGCAAUCAGAAAAUGCAACAUUGAUGUCAAUAGAGCAUCCCUGACCUAGCCAAAAAUGCAAGGUAACAGUACUCUGUGCUCGCCCUCCGCGUAAAAGGCUUUUCUGAUCCUUUGCACUUCAGCAUGAGCUCCAAGCAAAUUGGAUUCAUGCACAACUGGAUUGAGCUUGCUCCUGCCCUUCUUAUUCAUCUUCGUAGCAUGAAAAAGCCCUCCAAUUAUGCCCCCCGACUCGAGCCUAUUGCUGAAGAAGGAUCAGAAAAGAUGGAGGCUGCUGCCAACGCCAUUUUGAGGAAUUUAGGGAUUGUAUCGACGCCCAUUCACCUGCUCUGCCUCCUCCCCGUCAUCCUCUCUUUUGCCUCCUAUCUGCUGUCGAUCAACAAUUUCUCCAUUUCCUGACCUUUUGAUCUCUUUAUUAUUUACGACCCUUCUUGAUCAAUUCCGGACACGUUGAGGAAACAUAGGGAGAAUGGAUGCAGGAAAACUGCAACAGAAAAAAGGUUUUGCCAAAUUCUACAAGGGUGUGAUGAAAUGAGAAUUGAUGAUGAGAAAUGGAGGCUAGAUAGAUUAAAAGAAGAGAAUGCAUGCAUGCACUUUUCAUUAUUGAUGUUUAGUGGUGAUUUGUGUUUUUUUAUUGCAGGGUUAUUUCUUGUAUAAAUCAAUCUAGCUAACUAGUUCUCUCUUUUUUUUUUUUUUUUUUUCCUACCAUCUUUUCAUCAAUUCAUCGAAGAUUAAUCUUAAUAAUAUAGAAACUUUGCCAUGUUUUAGUAUUGGAUGAAGUUGGACA